CAAUCACCACCUCGACCGCCGCAGGAGACGUACAGCCGACCUACGGAGCUCCGCAACUCGUAUGCUUCGCUGUCAGACACCUCAUCGUACCAUUGCUCGCCACUCCAUUGGCCGUCGUGGUGCGAAAUGGGGAGUCCUUGAGUAGAAAGAAUAGGGAUCGCUGAGCCAGCCACCCUUUUCUGCCACCGCACUCGAGGACACGAACCUGCGAGUGGUCAGCGCGCCAGGCGGCCCGCUCAUCUUGCGCGCGCUCAUUUGCACAUCUCAUCGUUGAUUCUGCAUUUUGCUUCGCAUAGAGGACCUAGCGCACCAUGUCGUCGUCCACUGGAGAGCAGUCGCGCUUUGCGCUCCCUGCUAUCCCCAGCGGCAAGCUCUUCUCUUCAAGCCGCGAUCUGCAUCCCGACCUACAAUCGUCUUCCUCAUCCUCAUCGGCGUCCACCAUAUCAGUGGCACGCAAAGCUUCGCACAAAUCGAGCUUGGAUUCGCGUAUGCAAGCUGAAUCGAGAGGCUCAGUCACUCACGCUGUGUCACGAUCGAACAGCAAUUGGCCUUUUGGAGCUAAUAUCUCUAGGCGGCCCAGUCCCUCGCUGAAACCCCUUCCGCACGUACCUAAGACCAGUGCCACCCUUCCACCACCAUCAAGCACGCAAGAAGACGCCGCGCAACCUAGCGAAACACAGAGCGGUAUGGAUCACGCUUCAGCUCGGAGUGCGACCUGGUCAGUCCAGGAUAGCCCCCUUGCGGACGCGCGCCAAGCGCUAGACUGGCUAGAUCACUCUCUAGACUCCGGUCAUGGAAGUGUGACAGUCUCCAAUCGGGCUCCUCACGACAUCUCGGCCGUAUAUGCGCGUCCAGAUCAAGCGAGGAGAACCGUGUCAGAGUUAGACGAGCAGGAAGAGCUGACAGGACCAAAUUACUUACCUGAAACCUCUGCCGACGAGCAACGUGCCCGCUUCUCGCCGUCCACCCUUGAAGCUCCGACACAGGCUGGAAACACGCAACCACCAGCAUACGACACGCACGCUUUUCAGCGAUCCCCGCCUCCACUCUUUGGUGAGACGAGCGGUGUGAGAUCGGAUGCCAGAGGCCGAGGGCCUGGUGCAUGGCCAGCGGCUCCUGGUGGCGGAAGGUUCCCCCGCUGGAGAGGGUGGUUAGAGAAGAGAGCGCUGGAUCGACAUUACGAGAGGACUGGAAUGAGUGAUCCUGACACAAGCGUCAAUCGCAAAAAGAGCUGGGGCGCUGGGGUGCAUGAUUCAAACGCGAUCGAUGAUGAUGAACCCGAACAAGACGUAGAUGAUACCGAGGAGCCUACCGUACAUCCGCCUUUGCACAUGCACCAAUAUGGCUUGCGCUUCAUUCCACACCUUCCUUCCCAGCCGCUCUGUGCCGCUUAUCUCGAUUUAGACAAUCAAAAGGCGACCAGCAAUCUUCGGCUGGAUGGCAAUCGACAGGCGCGCAACCCUCGUCGCAAGGUGCUGCUGAUCGGCUUAAAUGAAGGUCUUUGGGUAGCUCAGACACGCAGCGCUUCGCAGCGUUCGGGACGAUCGGGCCGACUGGGCCACGAUGAUGCGGCUAGCGGCUGGAAUGGUGACGUCAGAUGCUUACCGGUUUGGAAUGGUAUGGGCGUUCAUCAACUCGCCAUCCUCAGCUCGCGACCUCCAGAAGGCCCUUCGGCGGCUCAGACAUCAUCCAAUGCAGCUUUCUUUGCGCGAUCAGAUAACAACGGUAAUUCUACUGAGCAAGACAUCCUUCUGGCUCUAUGCGCUGCGCCAAGCAAGCCGCACCAAUAUCGUGCGCACUCAUACAAUCGAUCCACCAGUUCUUUGGGGCAUUCGAGCGCAUUCUCCUCGGGGCCUAGCAUCGAGACUCAAGCUCAGAUGCGAGCCGGGCGGUUUGGGACUGCAGGUGGCGGAAGUAGCUCGGGGCCAACACCGCCAAAGGACGGCAUCGUGAAGAUGUGGAAUUUGGAUGAAUUUCGAAGGGUCGUCUCCUUUGCUCUCGAUGCUACUGGUGUAAAACCGUUGGACUUGAGCACCACAGACGACAAGGGCGCCGCUGAACGCCACGGCAAAUCCAGACUGUCGUCUCGCAUCCGGCAAGCCUGGGCUUCUUUGGGAGAGCCGUCCUCGUCGCGAAAUGCUCGUUCCGCACGACGAGGUAAUAGCGACGGAGAUGUGGAUCCAUUUUCUGUUGCUGACUCUAGUCUUGAAGCUCAGAGAUCAGCAGAGAUGAAUCCAUUGGCAUCUUCUAGAAGCCGCCGAGCUUCUGGUCUUUCGUUAGAAAGCUUCGCGUCUGUUGACAGCACAAUGCGCCUGGAGUCUGCCCAAGGCGCUGUGAGCUCUAGCAACGCCGCUGGAAGAGGUGACGCCGCCAUCGUGUCGGAGGGCUACCGGACAGCGCUGGAACUAGCAAAGCGAUCCAUUCCUAUCAGCAUGCCAGCUAGUGGUCCCAAUGCGACCACGCACGGGACGUUGGCAGACGAAACAACAGUCGCGGCUUCUUACGCAACGCUAUUUGCGGACGAGACCCUCGGUCCGCGACGCUCUGUAGAUGGGCUGACUGCGGCAUCCAAGGGCAAGGAGAGAGACAUGGCUGCCUAUUCCAAAGGCGCGCUAUUCUUCUCGGUCAUCGAAGCCAGCAAAGGCGCAAAGGCAGCGGGAACUUGGUACCUCGCCGUCGGAACCGCCAAGUCGUUGCUUGUAUUCGAAGCCACUCCGCCUCGACGAGGAUCGGGCAGUCGGUCGUGGAGCUUCGUGCGGGAGCUAUGGUGUCCGCCAACCUUUACGCCAAAAGCUGCAUCCUUUGUAUACUGCAGCACUCAAGCCGGGCCCGAAGCCGUGGGCUCGAGUGAAGACUUUCUCGUACCCGAUUCUCAACGACGCCAUGGUAGCGCACAUCAGACGCGAAGUGUCUCGACCACCUUGCGUCCUCUUCAUGGCAGUGGAGCAGCCGGCCCAAAAGGCUGGGAAGGCGCAGACCUGUCAUUGUUCGUAUCUUUCGGCAAACGUGCAGUUGUCAUUCGAGUCAGCGAUUCAGACGUGCGCGAAAUGGACCUGUCCAGUGGCGCUGGGCUCGAAAAGAAACCUUCGACGUCAAAUUUAGGUCAUUCUGGAAGCGGCCACGCGCACAACAAGCAUCUGUCCGUGGACGGCCUAGCCUCGUUCAGAAAGGCGAAGACCUCCUGGGUUGGAUUUGAGCCGGUGCAUGCGUGCGUUACCAUUCGACAGGAAGAGAAUGGCAACAAGGAUGUGGUGCCUUUGGUAAGGGCGGGGUCGCGGCAACAUUCCGCAUCUGGUCAGACAAGCCCCACGCCCCAUGCGGUGAAGUGGCGCCCGACUGAAGCUGGUGCUGAGAGAACGCAGCGAUCUCCGACAGCCAAAGACUUCCGAGCAUCCCGAGAUAAGCGAUUGCCGAAUGCUCCUGCGCCGCAAGGACUUUCAUUUGAAGCUCGUGAACAGGAUGAAAUCGCCCAACGGCUCGCAGCGGUGCUUGCCGAAUCCGACAGCGAUGAGAGCGAGGAGGAGGACGACUUUUCUUACGCCACGCCAAACACUCUGCCACAACAUGAAGGGGUCACCCUGCGGGACUCUGGCUUCUCUCGGGAGAUCACAGCUGUCGACGGCGUCCAAAGAGGGAUGAAAGAACCGAGACGCCCGAAACGUCAGAUGUCCAAUGUGCUUAGCAGGGGCGUGAACAGUCCGCCGAGCGGUACACAGCAUGUCAUUCAAGCGAGCUUGGCUCUCUUCUCGAAGGGCGCUGCGACGGAGAUUCUUCCGCUUCCGCUUCCUGCGGAUUUGGCUUCUUGCCGUCCUAUAGCGUCGCUAAGAUGGACCAGCACGCCGCAGUCCGUCACAGCUUGGGCGCGGAUUGUUGGUUUGGAAAGGGCAAGGACGGCUGGUGCAGCGCAUAUCCUGGGAAGUUCGAGCGCUACAAGACCAUCAAGCCGCGAAAGCAAUGGCGAAGGGCUACAUCAGGUCACGCUGCACGUCAGCAUCACCCUCAUCGCUUUUCUGCCGUCGCGUAUAGAGAUGAAGCGCGUCACAGUGCGCAAAGAAGUGGAACUUCCUUUCCAGUGCUCGAAAGAUGCGGAGCUUUCCCUAAGCCCUCCGCCACCCGCGUGUCUGGACGACUUGAAAGUGCCUGGCCCUGUGCUCGACUCUCGACUUAGACCAACGUUGGGCGAAAGAUGCAGCAGCGCUGAGGUGGAACACGAGUAUCUCUGUGGGUCCCUUCUUGUAGCGCCUCAAGCCGGGGGUUACGCGCCUGCAGCCGUUGGCCCUAAUCCCUGGCGACCAAACGAAGCAGCCGGUGAUGGAGGAGUAUGGGGCUUCGAUUGGCGCGGAGGAGAGGAUUAUCGCCUGUUCUACGUCGGAGCAGAGGUGUGAUUCUAUACUGACUGCCGCCGCGCUUAAGCCACAUCGCUGCAAAUCGAGGCGAGCAACCAAUUGCGACCAGACAUGAUAUCCCCGCCUGCAUACCCAUCUAGAACCACCUCAAAUCAGCACCAAUACUGCACACGGUGAAUUCAAUCUCAGCGUCGAGCGCUUCAUCCGCGCUCUGUACAUACACACACCUCGCAAGUCCGACACUCGUCUCGACGUCUG